AUGAUUCUCUGGUUCUGCCCUCAGCCGGUUAAAGACUUCAGCACCUUCUUCUCAGCUGUGAUAGACGACAAGUCGUUUGCUCGGAUAAAGAAGUGGCUGGAUCACGCCAAGUCCUCCCCCAAUCUGAAGGUCAUCGCUGGGGGAAACUAUGACGACAGCAAGGGGUACUUCGUGGAGCCGACCAUCAUCCAGACCUCCGACCCGAAGGACGCCAUCAUGAGCGAGGUCACUUCCUGUCUAUAAUCACACUGGCAUGCCACUUCC